CGGAGCCACUGCGGCUUCGCAGGGCUGGGGGCGGGGCCCGGCGGGCGCUUCCGGUUUCCGGCUGCGGGGUAAGGGGCGGGGCCUGGGCUGUGGUGGGAGAGUUUGGCUGCUGCAGCGGGACGUGCGCGGUGACUGUCGGAAACUCGGAAACAAGCUCACAUUUCUCUGUGGGAAACCUUUUAGCAACAGGAUGAGUCUGCAGUGGACUGCAGUUGCCACCUUCCUCUACGCAGAGGUCUUUGCUGUGCUGCUUCUCUGCAUUCCUUUCAUUUCUCCCAAAAGAUGGCAGAAGGUUUUCAAGUCCCGCCUGGUGGAGUUGGUAGUGACCUAUGGCAAUACCUUCUUCGUGGUUCUCAUUGUCAUCCUCGUGCUGUUGGUCAUAGAUGCUGUACGUGAGAUUCGGAAGUAUGAUGAUGUGACGGAAAAAGUGAACCUCCAGAACAACCCUGGGGCCAUGGAACACUUCCACAUGAAGCUUUUCCGUGCCCAGAGGAAUCUCUACAUUGCUGGCUUUUCCUUGCUGCUGUCCUUCCUGCUUAGACGCCUGGUGACUCUCAUCUCCCAGCAGGCCACACUGCUGGCCUCCAAUGAAGCAUUUAAAAAGCAGGCAGAGAGUGCUAGCGAGGCAGCCAAGAAGUACAUGGAGGAGAAUGACCAACUAAAGAAGGGAACUGCUGUUGGCGGAGGCAAGUUGGAUGUCGGGGACGCGGAGGUGAAGCUGGAGCAGGAAAACGAGAACCUGAAGGCUGACCUGAAGAAGCUAAAGAACGAGCUAGCUGGCACUAAGCAAAAACUAGAGAAAGCUGAAAACGAGGCUGUGGCCAUGCAGAAGCAGGCUGAGGGCCUGACCAAGGAGUACGACCGCCUGUUGGAGGAGCACGCAAAGCUGCAGGCUGCUGUGGAUGGACCUACGGACAAGAAGGAGGAGUGAGGGCCUCCUUCCUCCCCUGCCUGUAGCCGGCUUCCACCUGGCACGUGCUCGCUGCUUCCUGAGAGCCCAGCCGCUCCCUCCGGUACUUCAGUUCACUCCCUCUGCUUCCCCCACUCCCUUCCACAGUUUGUAGCUUGUCAUCUCGGCCCCUUUCCCCUCUCCCGGCAUACCACAGGGGACCUGAUUGCUACACGUUCAGAAUGCCGUUCUCCUGCCCAGCCCAGCCCUGGCUUCAGUUCCUCAGAGUGUGGAGGGCAGUUGGAAUCCGGCUUGCAGUAGGGCUUGCUUCCUGCUGGUUUGAGCCCCCUUUUUGUUUUGCUGUGUUGAUGUUUUCUCUGGUCCUGCAGGAGGGUGGGUGAAGCUGGCAGACUGGAGUUUCUCUUGGGGGCAAUAAAGGUUGUUAUGAUAUGUA